CGGGGGGCAGAGUUCUUGGCCAGGGUUAUAUUAUUAAGAAAACAAAUUAUUGCACUUCUGCCAGGCAGAUAAGGGAGAGACGGAGUCUGGGACGGGGACAGAGAGAGAGAGAAAGACAGAGCAGAGAAACAGAAAGAAGGUGCAAAGGGCUGGAGCAGGGGGCAGAGGGCGGGGUAAGGAGGACGGAGGGAACGUGAAAGAGGAAAAAGAAGUGGAGAACCCAAGCGCUCAAAAGGCCGCGGCCCCGGGCAGCUGUGAGGAGCUUGCCUCCACCCUCCCCCGACUGCCAUGUCUGCCCCCCCGGUGCCGUCUGACCACGUGACAGUGAACAUGGCCACGGAAGAGGUCCAGAUCCAGCUGUGCCCGGACCCACGUCUGGUGAGCACGGCUACGGGCGGCGUGGAAGGCGCCUGCCACAGCUGCCUCCUGCCCUUCAGCGUGGUGGCGGCGCUGAUCGGGGUGGCGGUGACGGCCCUGGCCUACGCCCGGGAUGCCCAGGGCUUGGUGCUGGGGGUGCUAGGGCUGUCCCUGCUGGGUGCCGGGGUGCUGGGCCUGGCCGGGAGCUACCUGACCUACCGCUGCCGGGGCCGCAAGAUCAGGGGCUGGAGACGCGGCAGCUUCACCCUGCUGGUGGGGGACCAGCAGCAGAAGAAGGCGGUGGUGUGAGAGUCCGAUCCAGGCCAGCAUGGGGCUCCAGUCCGGGUUUGGGCUCCAUCCCGACUCCGAUCCGGGCCAGUGCAGGGCUCCACUCCGUGUUCUGCCUCCAUCCCAAUUCUGAUCCGGGCUGGCGUGGGACUCCAGUCCAGGUUCUGCCUCCAUCCCGAUUCUGAUCCGGGCCGGCGUCGGGCUCCAGUCCGGGUUCCUCCUCCAUCUCGAUCCCAAACCGGGCCGGCGUGGGGCUCCAGUCCGGGUUCUGC